CCCUGGAGGAUGAAGGGAUUGUGUCUUCCUGCAGGGUGGACCAUGGUGGACCACAGAGACUGAGACCUGGUCUGAGGAAGUAUGUCUGUGAACUGGAACUGGACACAAACACAGUACACAGAGGACUCAAACUGUUGGACAACAACAGGAAGGUGACAUGGGUGGGAGGGGAUCAGUCAUAUCCUGAUCAUCCAGACAGAUUUGUCCACUGGGGUCAGCUGCUGUGUAGAGAUGGUCUGACUGGUCGCUGUUACUGGGAGGUCGAGUGGAGAGGAGGGGUUAUGAUAUCAGUGAGUUACAGAGGAAACGGAAGGCAAGGAGGCCGAGACUGUGGGUUCGGACAUAAUGAUCAUUCCUGGAGUCUCUACUGUGCUGAUGAAUAUGGUUGUGUCUUGCACAAUGACAGAGAAACAGACCUCACGUCCCCCUCUGUCUCUAACAGAGUAGCAGUGUAUGUGGACGUUCCUGCUGGCUCUCUGUCCUUCUACACAGUCUCCUCUGACUCACUGAUCCACCUCCACACCUUCAACACCACAUUCACUCAGCCUCUCUAUCCUGGGUUUGCGGUCUGGCCUCGUUCCUCAGUGUCUCUGUGUCCUCUGCAGGACUGAGAGUCUCUCCUGUGGACAGAAACACUGACUGAAGACCAGCUGCUGAUAUCA